CAAUCGGUGCUCACAUUCUCAGACCAGGACUAUUUCAGAUAUAGCUACUAUAUUAAGUAGUGCUGGGGUAUUAUUGUACGUUGGCGGAUUUAGAACAGAUAAGGAUAACAAGUAUUUAGCUUACAUUUUCGUCUUCAGUAAGAUAAAAAGAUUGAUGUUAUAUACAUGGUUAAAUCAGACUACCUUGGGCUUGUUCUCUCGGACCUCGAGUUGGUAUUUUCAUUUUACCUCACAUGCAGCGUUCAGGUUUGGGAAGCAACUCUUCUUUGUGUGACACGUCAUCUCUUUAAAUGACAGAAUGACCGAUGAUGAAGUGCAGGAUCUCACAAAUUAUCAAAAUCUUAGCGAGCUACUGUGUCUUCCAGGUGAAGAGAAGUCUUUACUUGAACAAGCCACAAAGAUAUGUUUUUACACUAUUACAAUAGCAGUUGGACUUUGUGCCAAUGGAUUAAUCAUUGGUGUGAUAUCUGCGACGAAAAGCCUCCGAACAAAAUUUAAUUUCUACGUUGUCAACCUUGCUGUUGCGGAUGUCCUUGUCGUAGUGUUUUGUUCAUGGAUUCACCUUGUCAGUGACCUAAAACAACAGCGGAUUCUCGGAUCGUUUAUGUGUACAGCAAAUACCUUUGUACAAGGUAAAAUGUAUUACUUCACAUUUUCCUUUUAUGUUAUACUUCAGAGAUUAACCAGAAUGACUCAAACACUAAUCUUAUCGCCGAUACUUGGCUUCCAAGCAUCCACGACCUCUACAAUAUACUCAGACAUGUCAGGGCGGGAUGAUCCUCGCCAUCUGGACUGCUGCAGUACUGGUAGCCCUCCCGUUGGCGUAUAUGUCAGACAAGUAGAAUUCCAGUGGGCAACUGGACUGGAAAUUGACUGUGAAGAUUUGUUUCCAUCCAAGGAUACAAAGAAAAUUUACAUUACUUUUUUUGCAGUGGUCCUGUAUGUGAUACCACUGUGUACAAUGUUUGCCCUACUGUUCGCAAUUUUAAAAACUCCAAAACUACCAACUCGAAUCAGCGAACAAAGUUUUCCACGGAACGAGUCGCGGAAUGAGCACCAGGUUUCUAUGACACGAUUUUCGGACCAAGUGCACGAAAGAAGAAUUAGUCUCAACAUGGAACUACACCAAAUGCAAAAAAUGAGACAAAACGUAGGUCAUAAUUUGAUACAGACUGCCUUUAUUUCUCAAAUGAUAAAGCAGCUGAUACAGUUAUGUGUGUCAAACGCGUUUCUCAGAUUGUCAAGUAGAACAAUUUAUCAAUACUGCUUAAAAAAUCAUGUGUUUAUGAAUCAUUCUCCAAUGGUGAUUAUACAAAGUGACAUUCACAAACACACGCAAAGUACUUUGAAUUAUCGUACUGUCGAAUCAUCAUGGAUAUUGUAUUUAGGGCUCGAACAUGAUUGUUUGUCUCUUGGAUUUCAGGCAGCAGUUAUGAUAUUGACACUAUUUGUUGUGUUUUUCAUCUGCUGGACACCGCAGCAAACAACGUUAUUGUGGGAUGUAUAUCGGGAUCGGCACAAAAAGGUGAUAUAUUAUGCAAUGAAAACAAUACCUGCCUACUCCUCCAGCGCAGUGUACCCAGUGGUAUAUAUGAUGUUCAACAAAUGUUUCCGAAUAGCUGCUUGGAAAUCGCUACGCUUCUGGAAAAGGGGAGAACACUCCGUAUUUACUGUUAGCCCAUGCAAGUGCCUUUCAAACCAGUUUUCUGGUAGCAACUAGACUGUGUUGACGGUGUCAUAUUUCAAGCACCGUAGUUGGUUGUUGGUUGGUUUGUUGU